AUGUUAAAUAUUAAGUUGAAUAAUUUAAAAUGUGACGCAACAUUAUUCCCUCAAAUACAAACAAUGACUGAUUGUUUUAUUCGAGGAAAUACUAUACGGUAUGUUAGUAUGGCAGAAAAUAACAUUGAUGUUCAAUUGCUUCAUGAUGCUACUCUCUUAGAAUUAAAUGAAAUUAAAAGUAAACAAUAA